UAAUGGAAGAUGAGAACUGUGAGAUGUUAGGGCCGCCGGCGACACUGGUGAAGCAGCAAGAUGAGACUCUUCUACGACCUUCAGGCGUCGCUAAUGACCUUAUAUACUCUAUAGAAGAUGUACCUCCCUGGUACCAGUGUAUGGUGUAUGGCUUCCAGCACUACCUGGCCAUGAUAGGAGGGACUAUCUCUAAACCCAUCAUCUUGGCAACCUUCCUGUGUCUGGAGGAAGAUAAUCCCGCCCGAGGAGCACUUGUGUCCACCAUCAUCUUUAUGUCUGGAGUGAUUACCUUACUACAGUCAACCGUCGGUGUCAGGCUACCCAUCAUCCAGGGUGGUAACUUCGCCUACGUAGUGCCCACGGUAGUGUUGCUUACCAGCACCUACGAGCCUUGCAGUGCCCUGCCCCUGGCCAACAUGACCGUGGCGGCGAAGGAGGAAGUGUGGCAGGAACGUAUUAGAGAGGUGCAAGGCGCCAUCACCGUCUCUGCUCUCUUCCAAGUGUUGAUCGGCUUCUCAGGUGCUGUGGGAGUGUUGCUGUGGUGGAUAACACCACUGACGGUGGUACCCACAGUGACACUGGUGGGUCUCUCACUCUUUGACGUGGCUUCCAAGGAAGGCGCUGGACACUGGGGCAUCUGCCUUCUCACUGUGACGCUCACAGUGCUCUUCUCUCAGCAUUUGUUACUGGCUGUCAUAAUAUUAUGUACUCCUGCAUUUGUUACUGGCUAUCAUCAUAACGUGGAUGUUAUGUACUCUCUCGCGCAGCUGUUACUGGCUAUCAUUAUAGCAUGGAUGUUAUGUGCUAUCCUCACCGCCUAUGAAGUCUUUCCGCCUGGCUCCGCCUCCCGCACCGACAGGACGGGAUCCAUGUUGGACGUCACUCCCUGGUUCCGAUUCCCAUACCCAGGACAAUGGGGAUUACCUCGAGUGAGCGUGGCAGGCACAGUAGGGAUGCUGGCAGCUGUGUUCUCGUCUAUUAUAGAGAGUGUGGGAGACUACUACGCUUGUGCCAGAGUCGCAGGCGCGCCUCUGCCACCUGUACACGCCAUUAACCGCGGUAUUGGCGUGGAGGGCAUUGGUUGUAUGAUGGCAGGCCUCUGGGGUACAGGCAGCGGCACCACGUCUUACUCAGGGAACAUUGGUGUUAUCUCCAUCACUAAGGUGGGUAGCAGACGAGUGAUACAAUACAGUGGGAUCAUCAUGGUGGUGUGUGGUGUAGUGGCCAAGGUGGGUGCCAUGUUCGUCACCAUCCCUGGCCCUGUCAUAGGUGGCGUCUUCAUUAUCAAAUUCUCCAUGAUCACUGCCGUGGGACUCUCCACCCUCCAGCACGUCGACCUCACCUCCUCAAGGAACCUCUUCGUUCUAGGCUUCUCCAUCUUCUUCGGCCUCGCUCUUCCCAAGUGGUUGGAAGUGAACCCAUCAGCACUGAACACCGGGGAGCCACUGUUGGAUCAGACACUGCUGGUGCUUCUACAUACACCUAUGUUCUUGGGAGGCCUUAUCGGUCUAAUCCUGGACAACACUAUCCCAGGCACUGACGAGGAGCGAGGGGUACUGAGGUGGAGAGGAGAGACAUUUGGCGCUCAGCAGGAUCAGGAUGAAGAUGACAGACUCACGUCAAGAUGCUACGAGCUUCCCUUUGGCACUCCUGGCACUCAGAAAAGGAAGUGGACUAAAUACUUACCGUUCUGCCCGAGCUUCGAGGGUUACUUCUGCUGUGAGUCACUGAGAAACAGAGUGAAGAAUGUGUGUUAAUGCAGUGAAGAACAGUGCUAGUGCAGUGAUAAGAGUGAAGAACAGUGCUAGUGCAGUGAUAAGAGUGAAGAACGGUGCUAGUGCAGUGAUAGAGAGCAGAACAGUGUAUUAGGGCAGUGAUAGAAGAACAGUGUUAGUGCACUUAUCUAGUGAAGAACAGUGAUAGUGAAGAACAGUGAGUGAAGAACAGUGUGUUAGGGCAGUGAAUGAAGAACAGUGUUAGUGCAGUGAUCGAGUGAAGAACAGUGUGUUAGGGCAGUGAGUGAAGAACAGUGAGUGAAGAACAGUGUGUUAGGGCAGUGAGUGAAGAAUAGUGUUAGUGCAGUGAUCGAGUGAAGAACAGUGAUGGUGAAGAACAGUGUGUUAGCGCAGUGAGUAAAGAACAGUGUUAGGGCAGUGGGUGAAGAACAGUGUUAGUGCAGUGAUAGAGAGCAGAACAGUGUAUUAGGACAGUGAGUGACGAACAGUGUACUCACCUAAUUGUGGCUGCAGGGGUCGAGACUCGGCUCCUGGCCCCGCCCCUUCACAGUGUGUUAGUACAGCGAGUGAAGAACAGUGUGUUAUGGCAGUGAGAGUGAAGAACAGUGCAAAUGUAGUGAGAGAGCGAAAAGCAGUGUAUUAUUAUUAUUAUAAUCAAGGGGGAAGCGCUAAACCCGGAGGAUUAUACAGCGCCUGGGGGGGGGGGGGAUAUGUGGAAGGCAUUCAGGCUUAAUUCGGGGAACUGGAGCACAAAUCCAAUUCCCUAAAUCAAGAGCCCCUCACCAACAUCAAGGAACCUUCCUUGAGGGGAAAAAAAAAAAGCAGUGUAGUGCAGUGAGAGUGAACAGUGUUAGUGCAGAGUGAAGAACAGCGUUAGUUCAGUGAAGAACAGUGCUAGUGCAGUGAGUGAAGAACAGUGUGGUAGCACCAGUGUCCCCCAUUAUCACUGAAGGUAGCACCAGUGUCCCCCAUUAUCACUGAAGGUAGCACCAGUGUCCCCCAUUAUCACUGAAGGUAGCACCAGUGUCCCCCAUUAUCACUGAAGGUAGCACUAGUGUCCCCUAUUAUCACUGAAGGUAGCAGUAGUGUCCCCCAUUAUCACUGAAGGUAGCACCAGUGUCCCCCAUUAUCACUGAAGGUAGCACCAGUGUCCCCCAUUAUCACUGAAGGUAGCACCAGUGUCCCCCAUUAUCACUGAAGGUAGCACCAGUGUCCCCCAUUAUCACGGAAAGCAGCACCAGUGUCCGCAGUUUUCAGUUUAAUAUGUUUAUUAUGCACCCCAUACCCAUCCUGUGGGCGGUAGUCAAAAGAUUACAGAGGUACAUAAUUGGUCCAGGGACUGGACUCCAAAGUUUUGAUAGCUGAGCAAGUUACAAAGGUAAUGAACUAGAUCUGGUCAUGUCCGCAGCAUCACUGAUUCAUCAAGUCCUCUACGGGCCAUGUCAAGUCCUUUACAAGUCAGCGUUAACUUGAUGGUCAUUACUACGGAAAAUAGCGACAUAUAAAACGAAAAGAUGAGAUGUAUCAUGCAUGACUGAGUACUCCUGCCCAUGGUCUACCUUUGCCAUGGUGUACCCCUGCCAUAGUCUACCCCUACCCAUGGUCUACCCCUGUCAUGGGUCAUCCCUCCCCAUGGACCACCCCUGCCGAUAGUCUACCCAUGCCAUGGACCACUUUCAAUGACCCACUCCUGCUCAUGGUUUACCCCUCCCGUGGACCACCCUUACUCAUGGGGCCACUCCUUUCCAUAGUUAGUCCCUGCCAUGGGCCACUCCUUCCCAUGGUUUACCCUGCCCGUGGACCACUGUUAUGGGGUUACUGUAGAGGUAGCGGGCGUGUAGGAGCAGUUGCAGGAUAAUAUAAUCCUUGUAGACUAGAACGAGGAUGACUGAGGAGCAUUGCUCUCAGGCCCUGGACCAGGUUCCAGUGGGAGGUUGAGUGAGGAGGUGAAUAUAAAUAUAGUAUACAAUGCUGACAUGUUGGUAAGUAAGACACAUGUACAACAGUUAGGCACCUUUAUUCCUAAAGGUUUCGCUUACACAGUAGGCGUCUUCAGUCGAGUACAGUUUUGUAGAAGCGUAGAGAUGUGAAGACGCGAACGUUUCUGAAUAAAGAUACCUAACUGUUGCACAUGUGUCUUAUUCGUCACUGAAUGAGGAGAUGUUGGCUUCUGAUCGGCUGUCUUGAAUCUUUCUCUGUGCAAAUACUCAUGGCGUCGGCUGGCACCUGUACAAAGAAAGCCACUAACAUGCCGGGGCAUUUCUGGCAGACUAGUCAAGUCUUCAGAGAUAUGUUUAUACUGAGUUGGGCGACAUUUAGUUGUGCAUGCAGAAAGAGUAGCUAUAUAGAGCCUUUCGGGCCCCAGGUGGCCGUUUUGAAAUUACGAAGCUAAUUACUUUUACACCAGAAAUCCAGGCCCUGAGCCUGCCCAUAAUUUGCAACUGCCCAUGAGCCACCCCUGUCCAUGGUUUGCCCUAGUCUAUGGGUUACCCUUGCCAUGGUCUGCCCCUGGCCGUGAGUUACCCCUGCCCAUGGUCUGCUUAUGCCUAUGGGCAACUCCUUCCCAUGAUCCUCCCCUGCCCACAGGCCACCCUACCAUGGGUCACCUCUGUCCAUGCCCCUGCCCACGGGCCACCCCCAUCCAUGCCCAUGGGCCACCCAUGCCCCUGGGCCACCCAUGCCCCUGGGCCACCCAUGCCCCUGGGCCACCCAUGCCCCUGGGCCACCCCUGUCCAUGCCCAUGGGCCACUCCAACUAUGGGCCAGUCCUACCCCUGUCCCUGUCCAAGCCAUUAAGAACACAAAUCUGUUUAGAUGAGAUUUUAAAACAACAAAAGUGCUGUGAUUUAUGCUGGAGAACCCAUACGAGUGUAGCGAAGUAGUGGUACAGAGGUUAGAGCAGUGUUCAGUAGUACGGACUUUAGAGCAGUAUUCAGUGAUACGGAGGUUAGAGCCUGCAUCACUGUUACAUUCAUCAUUGUCUUAAACAUAGUGUUGAAAGCAUUAAUUUCUCACAUUAUAUGUAUUUGUAAUAAUAAUAAACUGAGCAUUAAUA